CGGAACUGUCAAGUUGAUUUUGAUUAGAUUUAUAAUUUUUUUACAAAUUGUAAAUGUCUUGAAAAAUAUUUACUUCGACAAGUAUUUAAUAAUUUAUACAUUAAGAUGUUGAAAUUUAGCGGGUUAGUAAUUUGGAGGUUAGGUUCUCGAAGUACUUUGAGAAAAUAUUCAGCUCCAGGUGCGACAGUAUUUAAAGCGCAUAAAACAGAGCCAUCGACAAAUGUUACUGACAGAAAUGUCGAAGGUAAUACUCUGGGAAUUAAAGAAGGUCCAAGUUUAGUUGCAGCUGCAUUUGCUUCACUCAAUUCUCCAGAGCAGGAUGAAAAGAAGAAGCCAAGUCCUAAAUCUGUAAAACAGAGCCGUGCCCAGCAACUUGACAGUCAGAUUAUUAGAGCAACAGAUGUAGAAUCCUUGCUAUUAGCUGCUGAAAACCCUGUCAUAUCGAGGAGGCAUGCACUUAAGAUGGUGUCAGUAUUAUCUGAAUGGUCCAGUAACAACAAGGUUAAAUUAUCUGACUUUGAAAAGGAUCCACGCUUCCUUAAGCUGUGUAGGAUCUUAGCCAGGACACCUACUGGCCAGACUAUGAGCUCACUAACAAUGGCUGAAGAUCUGAGCACAGUACUUGGUAUCACUGGUGAUGAUGAAGCAGCAAGGCUUAUAGCUAAUCUAUCAUUGCCGCAAAUGAUAAAGGUGAUGAAAGCUCUCCAGGUGAAAGGUAGACGAAGCACACCACUGUUACGUGCCCUUUCUUACAACAUAACAAAACAGUCUGAAAAAAUUGACUUAAAAAAAUCAGCUGAUCUUCUCUUUUCAAUGGCUGCUCUGAAUUUCCCAGAUCCAGUAUUGUUGGAUAGGAUAUGCAGCGAUGUUGUAGAAAUUCUACCAGAGAACACAGAUAAACCAGCUGUUGUAAAUUCUAUUUUAGUAUCUCUCGGCUUGCUCAAAUAUCGACAUGAAACAGUCCUCUUAGCCUUAACAAUGUGGAUACAAAAAUAUAGAGAAAUUUGUAGACCGGGAGACAUAGCAUCCGCAGUCAUCACGCUGGCUACUGUUGACUACUUGCCAGCUCAAUUGGGCUCUCUGAUAGAGGAAGCACUAUUACUAAAAGAAGACGAAUUGACAAAAGCAUCAUCGUGGCUCGAUCUUGUGUUCUCUCUCCUAAUAUUGGACAAAGCACGGGAACAUCACCUCGUCUCUACAGUCAAGCCUGAAUUUAUUGAAAAACUUCUUUCUGCAGGUGAAAUACCCAUCCCAUCUCGACGUAAACUGAUGUCGAUAGACGCUUACAUUGGUCUCAAAUUCCCGUCCACAACUACUCGAUUAGCCGAAGACAUAGCAGUAGGUGUUCCGAUAGUUUAUACAAAGGAAAAAGCGCUCUACGUGCAAAGCAUCAUGGACACGUUCAGGAGUCUAGUUUCAGCGGAAACGUUUUUAAGGAAGGAGUGUCAAUCGGGAAUGGGAUUUCUUUACGACGCAGAGUUCGUUGUGGAUUCAAAGUGUCAUCCGGUGUCUUUGGAUAAGGCGGCUAACAGAAAGGAUGUACAUAGGAUAGCAGUAUUAGGUUUGGAUUAUCACGACCUCACGAGGAAGGAGUUCGUUCCUCUCGGAGUUAACAAGUUAUACAGCCGGCUAUUGCAACUUAAGGGUUACAAAGUUCUAGAGAUUCCAUACACGGAGUUCAAUCCUAAAGAUAAGCUGGUCACAAGGGUUAAGUACAUCGAGAAUCGUCUCAAGGAAAUCAUUUCAUCGACCACGAAGAGUUAGGUAUAAAAAUAUUAAUUAGGGUCGUAUAAUUGAAUUUGUAAACAAGCUAUAGAACAUAUUAUAGAACUGUUGUGUAGUUAAUUUUUUUUUUUUUUUGGAAUUUUAUUAUAUAUGAACUCAGAAUGUCUGAGUGUGACAUGAUAAUCAGCUACGUAUAUUAAAAUUAUAUUUUUUUUACAGUAAUUUUCAUAACAAUAAUCUUAAUUUAAUUAGCGUUCUACCAGAUUGGAACGGAACCUUGUCAAAGUAAUCUAAAAUAGAAAUUCUCGAGCGAAAUAGCAUUAUCAAAGAAGUUUCGAACAAUAAUCAUCCGACUCUGGCAAAGUCAAAACGGUGGUUAUGAUUUUUACAAACUAUGUAAAUAGAAGUAUGUGUGUACGUUUGUAUGACUGAUUUCGUUAUUCAUAAAUAUGUUUCAACUGACAGAUUUAACGUGCGUGAUUGAAUUUUUAUAAUUUUAAUUCUGUUUCCAUUAAUUUCCUGACUCUACCGCGUAUGUCAAAGUUUCAUCAUCCACAAGGUCGCAUUUUUUCAUCGCGCGUGGUUUGUUAUAACCUAUUCCAAUAAUAGCUAUAUGAGAUAUAAUACAACACUAUUCCACUUCACCACUAAUAUCACUUUCAAUUUUCCUUCCAAAGUUCCGCUAGCAACUUCACCGACAAUCAAAACAGCUAUACAGAACUAUCUAUAGUUUGACUAUCGAUAGUUGACCUCGAAAACUAUUCAGGAUAUCGA